AACAAAUGAUGCGUCAGUAUAAAUUCAAUAACUCUUCUGAACUUCCUUGGGUAGUUCAAAAGUUUGGUGGUACUAGUGUUGGUAAAUUCUUGGAUAAUAUUGCAAAUGAAGUUAUCAAAGAAUAUGUGAAACAAAAUAGACUUGUCGUUGUUUGUUCUGCUAGAAGCGGAAAAGAUAAAUUGACUGGUACUACCAAUCGACUUAUCCGUGCAGCAAAUGAUGCCUUAAAGCCUGGAUCAAAAGAAUAUUUAGAUAUCGUAUCAGCACUUUUAGAAGAUCAUUUAGCUGUUGCUGUUGAAAUGAUACACAAUGAUGAAAUUAGAAAAGAAUUAGAAGAUGACAUUAGAGCUGAUUGUGAAAAACUUAAAUCUUUCUUGGAGGCUGCUCAGAUUAUUAAUGAAAUUUCUCCUCGAUCAAGAGAUAUCAUUAUUGGUGUUGGUGAAAAACUUUCUUGUAGAAUUGUAGCUGCUGUGUUACAGGAUAGAGAAGUUGAUGCUCAAUUUGUCUCUUUUGAAAAUAUUAUUGAUCGUGAAUUUGAGAAAUUAGACCAAGAAUUUUAUGAUUAUCUUGCUGAAAGAAUGGCAAAAGCUAUUGAAAAUUGUGGUAAUAGAGUACCUGUAGUUACUGGAUUUUUUGGCAUUGUGCCUGGUAGUUUGUUAAAUACAGUGGGACGUGGUUACACUGAUUUAUGUGCUGCUUUGAUAGCAGUAGGUUUAACUGCCGAAGAACUUCAAAUAUGGAAAGAAGUGGAUGGUAUCUUUACUGCCGAUCCUCGUAAGGUCAAAUCAGCUCGUCUCUUACCUAUUAUUACACCUGAAGAAGCAGCUGAAUUAACCUAUUAUGGUUCUGAAGUUAUUCACCCUUUUACAAUGGAACAAGUGAUUCGCUCUCAUAUUCCUAUUCGUAUUAAGAACGUUGAAAACCCUCGUGGCCAAGGUACGAUCAUUUUCCCUACUGAUAUUGUUUCAAAGGACGGUACCGCUACUCCUCCUCAUUCUCCCCAGGUCUUGGCUGAAAAUGGUUACUCAUUAGAUUUAUCUCGUAAAUACCCUACUGCUGUCACAAUCAAAGAUCAUGUUAUCGUCCUUAACGUUCACUCUAAUCGUAAGAGUGUUAGUCAUGGCUUUUUCGCAAAAAUCUUUUCUACUUUAGACCGUUAUGGUGUAGUGGUAGACUUGAUUUCUACUUCUGAAGUUCAUGUUUCCAUGGCUCUUGGUGAAGAUAAUACAGAUAAAGAUUUAAACCAUGUUAUUACUGAUUUACGAGCUGUAGGAAGAGUCGACGUUAUUAAGGAUCUUGCUAUUCUUUCUCUUGUCGGAAAGCAAAUGAAAAACAUGGUCGGUAUUGCUGGUAUGAUGUUUAGUACCUUGGCUUCAGCUGGUGUGAAUAUUGAGAUGAUCUCUCAGGGUUCCUCUGAAAUCAAUAUUUCUUGUGUUAUUGACCAACGUAGUGCUGUUACUGCUAUGAAUGCUAUCCAUGACCAACUUUUAAGCAAACGCGGUAAAUUCAUUUUACCUUCAUUAAGACUAGCCUUAGAUGAUUAAGUUCUUAGUCACCUCUCCCCUUAUUAUUUCUAUUAUGUAUAUAUACAAAUGUAUAUAUGCAUAUAUUUAUAAACAUAUACAUAUACAUAUACACACACACAUAUAUA